CUCUCAGGACCUCGAACGUCAUCACAUACGUCAUCAACACGAGACUCGAGGCGCGCUUCACAGAAAUCUUCCUGGAUUUUCCUCGACCCACUGGACACAUCAGUAGUAAAAAUGUCUCCAGUUCAGCCCCAGAGAGAGACGAUCGACGAGCAGUUAACUCCUGCUGAAGAAACAUUCACUGAGUUUAAAGGAAUCAUCGUCAAGACCGAGGAAGAGCUCGAUGGUCAGCGCAGACUGCUGGAUUUCAGCCGGAUUCCCCUGAUCAUUUUACACAGAAUAGAUUUCUCUCAAUAUUAUGUAUGUAAAGAGGAGGGGGUUCCCACUGAGCUCAGCAACCAGGAGGGGAACUCCACUUUAAAUCAAGAGGGAUCAGAACCCCUGCAGAUCAAACAGGAGCAAGAGGAACUGGAACAUCAACAGUUCAAAGAGGAAGAUGAGGAACUCUGCAUCAGUCAGGAUAAAGAGCAGCUUGUGCCAAAACAGGAGACUGAUGACAUUUUGGUGAUUCCUUCUAAUGUGCAAAUAACCCACAAUGAAAAAGAACCAAACUGGAACCAAAUCAUCUUUCAGGCCUCUCCUGAAGUUGACAACCAAGAUCAAGACCCUGGAGAAAACAGAGAUGAAGAGCAGAAACAAAAUGAUAGAUGCCAGAAAACCAAACAGCAGAAAGGAUCUGCUGACAGUAUGACACAAAAUAUGCACAGGAAAACUCACCCAGACCAAAGUAUAUAUUCCUGUACAAUUUGUGACAAAAUCUUUUUUACAAACUGUCACUUGACUAGACACAUGAGAUCUCACACAGGUGAAAUGCAUUUCACAUGUACGAAGUGUGGAAAAGGUUACACUGAAAGAAGUAGUUUAACUUAUCAUAUGAGAACCCACACAGGUGAGAAGCCUUUCUUGUGUGUGACAUGUAAAAAAAGGUUUACUCGUCGAAGCAGUUUAACUAGUCAUGUGAGAGGUCACACAGACGAGAAGCCUUUCUCAUGUGUGACGUGUAAAACAAGUUUCAGGAGAAGGUCUGAUUUAACAUGUCACAUGAGAACUCACACAGGUGAGAAGCCUUUCUCAUGUGUGACAUGUAAAAAAACUUUCAGGAACCGAUCUGUUUUAACAUGUCACAUGAGAACUCACACAGGUGAGAAGCCUUUCUCAUGUGUGACCUGUAAAAAAUCCUUCAGAAACAGUUCUCAUUUGGCCCGUCACAUGAGAACUCACACAGGUGAAAGGCCGUUUAGGUGUGUUAUUUGUGAAAAACGUUUCAGAGAUAAAAUCGUUUUAACUAUUCACAUGAGAAUUCACACGGGUGAGCUGCCUUUCUCAUGUACAAUCUGUGAAAAAAGGUUCACCAGUCAAAGCAGUUUAACUAGUCACAUGAGAAGUCACACAGGUAAGAAGCCUUUCUCAUGUAUUACUUGUGAAAAAAGGUUCUCCAGUAGAGGCAAUUUAACUUGUCACAUGAGAACUCACACAGGUGAGACGCCUUUCUCAUGUACAAUCUGUGAAAAAAGGUUUACUCGUCGAAGCAGUUUAACUAGUCACGAGAGAACUCACACAGGUGAGAAGCCUUUCUCAUGUACGAUCUGUGAAAAACGGUUCACGUAUAGGGGGGGUUUAAUUUAUCACAUGAGAAAUCACACAGGUGAAAGUUCUUUUAGGUGUGUUAUUUGUGAAAAAAGUUUCAGUGGUAAAAGCGUUUUAACUAUUCACAUGAGAGUCCACACAGGUGAGAAGCCUUUCUCAUGUACAAUCUGUGAAAAAAGGUUUACUCGUCGAAGCAGUUUAACUACUCACAUGAGAAUUCACACAGGUGAGAAGCCUUUCUCUUGUAUAACUUGUGGAAAAGGUUUCAGUAAGAAAAACCUUUUAACUAUUCACAUCAGAAUUCACACAGGCGAGCAGCCUUUCCCAUGUACGACCUGUGAAAAAAGGUUCACCAGUAGAGGCAAUUUGACUCGUCAUGAGAAGUCACACAGGUGAGCAGCCUUUCUCAUGUAUUACUUGUGAAAAACGUUUCAGUAACAAAACCUUUUAGCUAUUCACAUGAGAACUCACACAGAUGAGAAGCCUUUCUCAUGUACGACUUGUGAAAAAGGCUCACCAGUAGAGGCAAUUUAGUUUUUCACAUGAGAAGUCACACAGGUCCAGUGGCAUAAUGUGAACCUCUCAAGUCAUCAAGGUGCUCUGUAACUUACUGUUUAGAAGACAGAGUAAUUACAGCUGGAUCACAUUUUUAAAAUCAAGCAGCUUGGUUAAAAAUGCAUUUCAAAUAAGAUUUCUUACUGAAAUACUAAAACAUUUACCUUCAUUCUGACAGUUUAAACUCCAAAUUUGAAAGGGAUUAUUUUUAGGUGAGAUAUUUACUUAUAAGUGCCUUAAUUAAAAAGUUGUUAGUGGAUGUUUUUUUUCAAGUAAGAUAUUUAUUCAUAGUUACUCCUUUUCCACCACCUCAGUUUGGAGCCUGUUCUGGUUCCUGAAUGUCAUUUUGAGCAGGUGAUGCGAGUUUCCACAAACAAAAGGGCUACCAGAGCACGACCAUUACGGUUCUUCUGUGCAAUCCGUAAUGUCACCUAUAGGCGGGUCAAAACUGCGGACAAUAGAAGCAACAAAUGCGGCGAUGACAACAAAGGACGUCCUGUAUGAAUAUUCUUUAUAUGUUUGCAAAAACCUGCUAAACACACAUUGUAUAACUACUAGUUUCCAUUACACUCACAGAUGCUGAACAUAUGCAAAUGAAAACAUUGUACAUACCAUUUUUGCACCGAGUCGGCGUCUCCUCUUUCGUAUUAAGAGUAAGUUAUGGAUGCUCUCGUUUUGCAUUAAAAGGAAUAUUGUGUGCAGCUUGGCAAGCUCCAUUAUCUCGCUACCCCGCUUCCCUCACAUGUAACGCUCACUGUUAAUGACUUGUUCUUUGGUCCCAAAACUGGUGGAAAGGCGCGUUUGUGCUUAACAAAACACCAAAGGUUGAAAGCACGCGAACCGAACUGGUUCAAGAGUUCCUUUGGUGGAAAAACACUAAGUGGGUCUUAAUGAAACAAUGGGUUAACAUGCUUUCAGAUUUAGACUGCAGCGAUUUUUAGAGCUUUCAGAGUCUUUCUGUAUGUGUCUAUCUUUUCUUAUACCUUAUACUGUGUUUUUGUUCAAUUAAUAAUUUUGGUUAGUGGUUACAUGUUAGAGGUGAAUGUAUGGGCUGGUAAGCUACAAAUGAAUUGUCCAUUGGCAUUAAUAAAGUUUUUAUCUAAAUAUCA